UGAUAAUGCAUGAUCUAGCGAAGUAGUUGUCUCUCCGUGAAUAAACACGAGUGAUUAUCUUGAGACCCAUUUAUCUGGGUCAGGUAGACCGACUGCUGCAGGGGUAAAAACCUGGGGCAAGGGAUAUUUACCUACUAGAGCCCGGGCAGACCGUUACCAUGAGUAAAAGAGACAUGAGCGUCGGGACGGACUUCGACUUCGACACAGGGCUCCAAGAACAGUCCUACAGCCAACCAAAGAAGAAAAAGCCUGAGUACCCGUAUGUACCCAAGGGUGUCCCUCUUCAGCUUCCUCCGUGCCGGAUCUGUGGAGGGAAGGCGUCAGGGAUCCACUAUGGUGUUAACAGCUGCGAAGCGUGCAAGGGUUUCUUUAGGCGAUAUCUGCUACGAAAGGAACCCUACAAGUGUAAUCACGGCGGAAAUUGCGCAAUAACAAAUCGUCAUAGGGGCAACUGUUCCGCUUGUCGAAUGAUGAAGUGUCUUGAUCUAGGAAUGUCAAAAGAAGGUAUUCGACAGGGUAGAUACACGCUUACAGAAAGAACAAGAGCCAUCAUGGAAGUCAAGCGUUUGCAAAACCCAGAAUCGCAUUUCGAACAACAGACCUUUGAUAUAGUCAGUGCUGCCGUUUCUCGGAAAAACGCCGAGAAGACCACAGCGGUUUUACUUGAAGAGUCAAUGUCCUGUAUGCAGAUUCCGAUUUCUCCAGACUGCAACAGACAACAAGCGCUGUCCGAUAUAUCAGACGAGCGAUCUUUGGCAGACCGCUUGUUAGAUUUUUCUAGUUUCCCCUUGCACAGUGUAUCGGACGAACUCACUGAUCUCCUCAAUCCGGACUGUUUUCUAAGCGAGGACGCUGAAAUGUCCAGCGCCGUAAACAUGCUUUUAUUGGACACUAACCCUCCUCCUAAAACGUCACCAGAAAUAGAGGCUCAAGUAGAUUUAUAUGAUGACGUCAUCGACAACUUAGCAGAGGCAUUAAAUGACAUGCUGCCGCAUUCUAGUCAGUUUACAGAUGAUGAAAUAUAUGCCAUACUAAAAGAAGGACACGACAAAUACUAUAUGAAGUCCGAAGUGUUUGGUCCAUUGAACGCUUUGUCCCCUGAAGAGUACAACGCAAUUUAUGAGAAGACACAGAUUGAUGUGGAUGGAAGAAAGCAACAUUUACAAUUCAACAAAGGAACCUUAGAUAAUAUGAUCAAGAAAUACGUAAACUUUUCCCAUGCAAUUCCUUGUUUCUCGGAUCUUCCCUCCCAAGAUCAAGCAAAGCUACUGAAAGCCUCUAGAUUUGAGUUCUUUAUGCUUUUGGAGUAUCGGUCCCUUAACCCUGACCUUGAAAUGCUACAAACCUACUCUGGGGAGGUCUUCCACCUGAACGAGGCUUGUAUAUACGUACCUCGGGAAAUGAUGAAGUCAUGGCUCGAAUUUUCUCGAACCAUAAGGAAGCUGGAACUUACUAAUAAAGAACUCGCCGUGACGCUAGCUGUGGCAUUAACUUUUAGGGAUAGAGACACGCUUUCGAAUCCUGGCCGCGUGGAAGAAAUUCAAGAGGACAUGAUAACUACACUGUUCCAUGCUUUAGAUUCACGGCACCAGACGAACACGAGACGACGCUUUUGUCAAAUCAUUGACAUGUUCACCAAAUUCCGGGAGUUGACUGAGGGCUAUAUGAAAGUCUGCCAGUCAAUAAAUGCAAAAGUCACACAAGCAAAUCUACCUGAAACGCUACAGUUUCUUUUUACAGGAUGGUAGAGAAUAAAUUGUACAUGUACAUAUAUUAUGUUGACUGCAUGUUUCACAAGUAACCAUUUUUUUCUCAUGUACAUAAUCGUACCCAAGUUAUCUACAAUUUAUCAUUUAAUGCAGCUAUCUGUAUAUACAUGUAUUUUACAUGGAUAUGUAGCUUUGACUGUACUGAAUAUAAGAAAUAAAGAUAUACAUUAUUAAACACAUGACUGUAUAUAUAAGUCGUUGAUGGU